AUGAAGUCUGAACGGAACGAAUUUCGUGUGCAGAUCCUGGGCCGAACGGUGCGACAUCACUCGGACGAACUGACUGAUGCGGCUGUUCAAGAAAUAUUUAACAAACAUCUCCGGACAAAUCGGGGCGGUUCCGCCAUUGUCUUUCAUCCGGAUAAAAUUCAAUUCAAAGAGCAAGGUUAUCGGGAGUAUAUACCGUUCAAUGAGAUCUCUCACUUUUAUGAGAGUGCUGAACAUCCAGAGGUUUUUAUGCUUCAUGUGAAUGACAGCAGUACAAAUCGUUUCUCGUACGAAAGUUACCAAUGCCAAUCUGCCGCGGAUGUGCGUUCUGUGCGUAACUUACUGUAUAGUGUCUCCAAAAACCCCGUUCAUUUGUUCCGUGAAGUUUCCUUUACCAAACGCAGCCUUUCCAGUGCAUCCUCAUCGUCAUCUGCAUUGGAGCGUUCGGUUUCACGUAACUUCCAGGAACAGCAGCGAACUAUUCCGGUCGAACCCAGAAAAGUACAGCCCGUAAUGAGUUCCGCCGAUCCCCCAAAACACGCACCUUAUAUCAUUCCUAUACGUUCAACGGUGAAAGAGUCACCACGUGUAGUACGUCAAGUUCAUACGCAUCCGGGAAUUCAGGAUCGUGCAUCACGCGUUCGAGUGCGCGGUCGUUCGCCGGUUACCUACAGAGCUGUUUCCACACCUCGGUUGAAUCGAGAACCAUCGACAGGUCGAUCCUCAGGACGUUAUCGUGCGUCGGUUUAUACGGAACAGUAUGUCCCAGUCACCUAUCAACGUACUCGUUCGGUUUACUUUCCAGUGCCUGUUCAACCAGUUCAAGCUUUUGAACGUCAUGAUUCCCAGCGUAGAUCGGGCAGAAAAGACUCCCUGAUAAUCUAUACUACCCGUUAA